AUGAGUUUCCUGCAAGUGAAAAAUUCAAUUACAGAACCAACAACGGAAAUUCUGGGGGGGCCAGACCUGUACAUCGAUCACGGUAGUACGAUUAACCUCACAUGCAUCGUUCUCAAUAGCCCAGAGCCACCAGCAUAUAUAUUUUGGAAUCACAAUGAUGCGAUAAUAAGCUACGAUUCUGGGAGAGGUGGUGUUUCUGUGGUUACGGAAAAAGGGGAAACGACAACUAGUUUUUUACUCGUCCAGUAUGCUACACCAUCUGACUCUGGACAAUACACGUGCAAUCCAAGCAACGCUCAACCAAAAUCCAUCACCGUGCACGUUCUCAAUGGAGAGUAUCCAGCAGCAAUGCAGCACGGUGGUCAAGCUAAGCAGCCACGAUUAUACUCUCUGCUGCUCUGUCUCUGUCUACUUCUGUACUAAAGAGUGUACACAACUAUUAACAAUUAACAAACUAGAUACUCCUCAUGGUCUGCGGGCCAGAGUGAAGUAUCAGGGGGCUAAAAGCCUCGCGGUAAUUAAACCACUGUAUAAACAUAUAUAAAUCGUACACCUUUAGCUGUUUAGGGAGGAAUAUGAGUCAAGGGAGAAUCACACUCUCGUGAUAGAGUUUUAAAGGUAUUUGGAAACUGGGGUAAUUUGAGGAUUAUGAAAACCAUCAAGAAUUGGGUUUUUACCACAUCAUAGGAUCUGAAUAUUUCCACAGAGUCAUCAUGUUGCUGAUGAGUGAUGCGGGUUAUGUUGUAUCACAUUCUUUCACCAACUGGAAAUCUGAUUACAUAGCACAACAAUUUCUAACGAGCAAAAAUAAAUGCAACUGAUUCGAUUAAUGAAGAUAAGUCUCAGGCAUACGUAAAUAUGAAGGAGAAUAUUUGUCUCAUUCCUUUAUUUCCAGUACUAUAAUUCAACAAUUAUUGAAACAUACAUCACAUUCUGCGAUUAAAUGGAAAUCUAAUUGCACUGCACAACAGUUUUCAGCAUACAAAAAUGAGUAGAACUGAUUUUAUUAAUGCAGAUGAGUCUCAUCCGUACGUAAUUGUUCCAAUAUUAUGAUUUAAUGAUAUUUAACCU